AGUCCAAGGCUAGGGAAACUGAAGCCCUUCCAGGGAGGGGCUCCUCCUGUAACUGGAGGACCAUGGCAGCGAAUAGGGGAGCAAGGACCUUCUUAUCCGUUUUCCUGCUGUGCUGCUGGCAAGUCACUGAGCUACAUCCAGUCAAGACAACUUCAGGUCCAAUCACUGAAGGCGUUUUCAACUCAACAACUGAAAACAUACCUGAAACCUUAGAUGAAAUUCUAGCCCAAGAUAUUUUGGAGCCAAGAACUUCAGCAAUGUCUGCAACAACACCACGAACAAGAUCGCCAACACAGACAACAGUACAAACCAAGGAACCAAAUGCUGGUAUUGAAGAAAACUACCAAGAGGAAGCCUUUGAGAACUACCACGAGUUCCUGGAGAAUUUAGAACACUCAUCUAGGAAGAAGGCGAAAAGUGACAAUAAUGAAAAGAAGAGUUCAAAGGAUGAUGUGUAUGAGAAACUGUCUGUUCUGGACAGAAUGAUUGAAAACCCAGGACAAUCUGAAGGCAGCCUGGAGCUAACAGAAAGCAUCUUUUAGAAGAGGACCAAGCCCAGGAGGACAGCGUGGCACGGGCGUUCCUGAGCUUAAAAAGACAAGGAGCCACGGGAGAGCUCCACACCACCCACCCUUAGGGAAUGAAUGCACUCACUGAUACCCAUUCUUAAAAGAAAAUUGCUUUUUCCACAUAA